AAGUUAAUUAGACGCAGGAGGGGUUUAAAGUGAAAGUAUCGCGGAGGCUUUUUAUCUGAUUUAUUUUGUUCCUUCCCCCCUCUCCCUCAAGUGCUGUCCCUCGGAUGGCUCUGAACGAAGACUUUCGCAGGCUGAUUUAUUAUUUUGUCGGCCGAUUGUAAUUUCACCCUCUCCCUCCCCUCCUUUCCCAACCCCUCACCCCUGGACCCUUUUUCUCGUCCUUUCCUCUUGUUUUGGGACCGUCGUGGAAAUCGGAGGAACUGCGGCUCCAACAGAUGGGUCAGGGGCUGUGGAGAGUUGUAAGGAAUCAGCAGCUACAACAUCGAAGAUACAGUGAGGAAGGCUAUUACCUUGGAGAGCAUGACCGGAGACUCAUUGCUGCUAAUCGCAAGCAGGCCCAGGUUGGGAUUGACAUCUAUCACAUUUUGAGAGUCGGCAGAUCGAAGGAAGAACACGGAUUUCCAGACCUGGAACUAUUGCCCCCAGAGCUAAGCUUAACUAUUCUCUCAUAUUUGAAUGCGACUGACCUCUGUUUGGCCUCAUGCGUCUGGCAGGACUUGGCUAAUGAUGAUGUCCUCUGGCAAGGGUUGUGCAAAUCCACCUGGGGUCACUGUUCCAUAUACUAUAGAGACCAUCCUUCAAAUUUUAACUACAGGAAACUCUACAUGCAACUAGAUGAAGGCAGCCUUACGUUCAAUGCUAAUCCUCAUGAGGGAAUAGGCUACAUUUUUCGCAAAGGCAUACUGGACAAUGUUCCGAAGGAAAUUGCAAAGUUUAUUUUCUACACAAGAACACUAAAUUGGAAGAAACUUCGAAUUUAUUUAGAUGACAGGAGGGACGUGUUAGAUGAGCUUGUGACGCUGCACAAUUUCAGCAACCAGUUCCUACCUAAUGCACUAAGAGAGUUCUUUCGGCACAUCCAUGCUCCUGAAGAACGUGGCGAGUACCUGGAGACUCUAAUCACCAAAUUUUCGCAACGAUUCUGUGCUUGUAACCCUGCUGUUACCAGAGAUCUUGGCCUAAGCCCAGAUGCUGUUUAUGUACUUUGUUAUUCUUUGAUCCUGCUUUCCAUCGAUUUGAAUAGUCCACAUGUGAAGAACAAGAUGUCCAAACGGGAAUUCAUCCGGAACACUCGUCGGGCUGCCCACAAUAUUAGUGAGGAUUUUGUAGGACAUCUAUAUGACAAUAUCUACCUUGUUGGUCAUGUAGCUGCCUAAAAGCACCAUUAACAACACUUGCAGAACAUGAAGGUCAAACCUAUAAAGUUGCACAAUGAAGUAUAUUGGCCUUUUGUAAACACGAGGAUUAUUUUAGUGCUGGCCAUUGUAACCUCUGUGUACAAUCAGAUCAUUUUUGCUUUCCAUCUUGCCAUUGUUAGCACUUUGCUAACUGAAUACCCGUUUGUGUUUUAUAUUAUUUUAGUUAUCAUGAGUUGCAUAUAGUACUGCCAAUGGUCUGACGCAGCAGUUUGGGAAAUAGCUUAAUCUAAAACUGGCAUAAAAGUAUAAGGACUACAAAAGCAUUAGAAAUUGGUGGUUGGAUUUACAAAUUAAGUGGGAUUAUGAACCCCCCAACUCUUUUUUUUCCCCUUUUUUUAAUGCAUGUAAUGUGUGUAAAUAUUGCAAAAUAAGAGAUUUAUAUAAUUUUAUUGUGAAGUAUUUUAACUAAAAGAUUUUUCUCUGUACAAAUUAGGUGACUAUUUUCUCUUUAUUGAGUUAGAACUUUUAUGUUAUAGAAGCAAAAAAAAGCACUUUGUUAUGCAGUUUUUGACAUAUGAGGUAGUUAGAGUACCAAUACUUUUUUCUAUGGGGUGAUCUGCUACCCAGAUUGUACUUACAGAAGAUCUAUUUUCACAUUUAGUAUCCUGUCAUGAAAGAACACUAUUUUAACUGUUAUCAAAACAUCUUUGAAACUUUAUCAAGUUACGUGCGCUGGUUUAAAGAAUGCUUGAUUGACUAGUAAUUUUUAUGAAAUCCUAUUUAAAACUUCGUAAAAUGCAUUUUUCCUCUGCUUCUCUUUAAACAUCUACUUUUAUUUAUCUUGGCUUUUCACCAUAGUGCUAUUUUAAUAGAAAGUUAUCCUGAGGUAUUGGCACACUAGGAAGUAGAGAUGUUCAUCCAAACCAAUCUUGUGAUAUAGUGGGCUGCAGAUUACAGGGGUUGGUGAGGUGGAUGUGUCGUCCUCCCUGGAAGCAAAGCCGGUUUGGAGCCGGCCCACCCCACAGCCAUUACAUACUGCAGGCAGGCUAAAAAGCCUGCUAGUAGGACUUCUGGCCCUCACUGGGAAGUAAGUCUUCCCUGCAGGGGCAGCAGCGCCAAGAGCGCAUUAAUGGGUACUGCCUGAACUGCAAGCAGACCCAAGAAGAAAGCACAGUGGAUCCUGGAGCAGGCAAGUCUUGGGUAUUGGGCGGGGAGGGUUUGGGCAGUUUAAGAAAGGAACUGGUGGUGGUGCGUUUUGGCGAGCAUGUCGGUAUCUUGGGGUGGAGGGGAGGGGGGGCUGCUGCGCGCCCCCCCCCCCAAUGUACAAAGGGCACCCCAUGAAGUUAGUAGCCCUGCUUCCUUCUCACCAUUUUAAAACGUUUUGUAUAAAAGACAGCCGGCCCACUCCUGUCCGACUGCCCACACUAAACAUGUUAUAGUGUGAGUAGGGUAUUAUCUGGGUCAAGUGGCUUGUUAGCAAGCUCAAUUGACCCUUGAUUAUUUAUUUAAAUAUUGCAGGCAGGUUGCCGAUUUUGAUGCCCACCCACCUGCCACCUUAUGUGGGUGAGUUCAGAGGUAGGCGGGAAGGUGGUGGGGUUGGCACCCACCCUAUUUUACGUGCCCCCCCACCGAAAACACUCCCGCCUGGUCACGUAACAUGUAGCCCAGUGCUUAAGCCAGUUAUUAUUUAAGUUGGUUCUUGUUGGAUGCAAGAAAAUCGCCUUGUUCAGUGAGUAUCCAAACCGUGCAAGGUCAUAAAGGAUUCCACAUUUGAUGCUUGGUCUGUGCUGGGUUAGCUGUUCUCGGCCAUGGUGGGAGUGCAAGCGUAUUAGAAUGGGCUUUGGAGGCCUUAUGCUAGCUAGGGGAAACUCAGCCAGAGUUUCCAUGAUUCAACGCCUAGCACUUGUUGACUUGUGUGCUUCUGAAGGUUGAGGACAGGGUCAGACUUGGCUGUGGUGCCCCAUGCAGUUGAAUAGCCUUCAUGCAGUCAGGAUCAAGCCUCGCACGUAAAUAAUGGCUGCACAGGCAAGCCAUCCUUCACAGAACCCAUACUUCCACAUGGUGUCAAUCUGAGAAGAGGAGAGACAUGUUGGAAGAAGAUAAAAACUGAUUUUUGAAAAUAUUUCCUAUUGAAAAGUUGAAGUCAGGUGUCUAAAGGUUAUCUUUUAUGCAGCAGAAACAUCAGAAAUGUGUGUUGCACAAACCCUUCUGCUAAAGUGUCCCUUGCUGCUUUAUUAGUUUUUACAUGUAUUCCGUUAGCUACAUGUGCAUGUAAGGCAAGGCACUCCUACAACCACUAGGAGGAGGAAGGCAAAAAGUAAUUUAGGAUUUUAUCACUUGGAUUACAGCUCCUGCACAUGUCAUUGAUAUAUAUUCCAUCAAGGAGUGAUUUACGUAGUGCAGAGUUAUUUGAUUUAGGGAAAACACAGAAGCUCAGAUGGGAUAAGGGUCCAAAAUGAUCUUUUUUUAAUUACUCCCCUAUAAUGCACUGGAAAUGGUCUCUGUUUCCUUUCCAUGUGAUAUGUUUCUGGUUCCAUAAUGAGAACUCAAUAUCAUUCUAAUGUUCCAAUGGCCUCGUUACUAAUUAUCAUCGGUACGCUUAUAGGUUGAAGUAGAUAAAUUGCUGUUUUGAUGCAUGAAAGACACAGUGCACCAACGACUAAUGGAAAAAUAAUAUUUAGGGUAGUAUAUUUGGCAAAAACACCCCAUACUUUCUCUGGAACCUGGGUUUCUACCUAGAUUAAACUAAUAAGUGCAAGUCUUUUGAUUGGCUAAGGGGUUCCAUGUAAAGUGGGUUUUGGCAGCCUGAACCUUGUCCUCAGUGAGCACAAUGCACAAUCCUCAGCACAAAAUGGCCGCAAUUAGAUCCACAUUGAGCAACAGCUAGACAACAUCAUUCAGAUGUGUCAGAAAAUCAAAAAACUCCCACCUGAGAGGUAGGCUAGCUGUUGUGUAGUUAGAGAACAAGUUCAUCUGGGUCUUUAUUUGUGGAGGACUGAAUUUUCCCAUGGGCUUCGGGACUCCAAGGUCAGAACCAAAUAGGGGGUCCCGAUUCCGCACUUGUCAACAGCAGGGACAGGGUCAGUAAUCUCCCCAGAGGCAAGUGGGCUUGCUGUCCAAUUAAGGAGGAUGGGCUGGCUCCCAAUGCUGCCGGCCUGAUCAGUGAGCUAGCAGCUCUGGUGUCUCAGCAGACCCACCAGGAGAGGUGGGUGCUACUCGGGCAGGUUGGGGAUCGUGUGGAUGCUUCUAUACGGAAAAUGAUAGACCCCUUGAAAUGAAGAGGAAAGCCCUACAGGCAUACUUGUGGGCUGGGGGAGGGUGGGGGUGCAGUUUUUCGUGCCUGUAACCUCAGUAUUGGGGCAUGGAGCCUCCAGUUCUGAUGACAUCCCCCCCCACCCCACCCUACAUCAGCCUGGGAGGCCACCUACAAUGAGCUGGCAGCUUCCACACAUGGUGGGGUGCUGUUCUGCCACUGCCAAAAUGUCAGCGAGGUUGCAAGUUCACCCCUAAUUGGGGCCUUAAGUAUGUAAAUCGGCUGCCCACCUCCAUGCAGCAAGCAGCUGAUCCAUGUCAGCCCACGGAAAGUUCCUAGCAGUGAGAGUGCAUCAGGUCCAGUCCAGACAUGACCCUUAUUUUCUCUGACACCCCCUCCUCCCAGCCUGCCAUCACAGGGGCAGGAAAGUUUAUGCUACAUUGCAUUUUACAAAAAUUGGAGGGCAAGAAUAAUUUGACUCAUCAGUACUCACCUUUACUUUUCCUGGUAAUUUUAAGAUUCCGACACACAUAUUCCUUCAGCUGUAUUGGUUGUAGCACAUGCCAAUGACACGAGCGUAAGUGUUGAAUUAAAAAGGCAAACGGUGGGAGAUGUCAACUGACACAAUGUAGUAUCCUUGAGAAGUAGCAGUGAUGGAAGAUGGUUGCUGUUUUGCAAGGCCUGCUUCCCUAUAUAAAACCAUUGCCCAAAACACUGACCUGAGGAUUCUCUGUAUCAGCCAAGAAGGUGGUACUUUCAGGGGAGUCACGAAAAUCUAAUUGAAAAUUCAUCAUGGCUUAGUUUUUUCAGUUCUGCAUUGCAGAAAUACAAAUAAAAAGUUCAAAGAAUAACAGAAAAUGUUCAAUAAGCCACUUUUCAAUUCGGUACAAACAUUUAUUGUCAAAACAUAGGAUGAUCUUUUCAGUUUACAGACUCUUUUAAAAAAAAAAAUGUUAAUCUAAAUGUUGCUAUAAAUGAAAUGUAUUUGAGUUGAAUUGUAAGUAGGUAACUGCUCUUUUGCACAGGAAUUCAUUGUAGAAUUAUCUUAAUUGAAUAUUCUGUAUAUUUAAGUUUAUUCUAUAUUUGUCUCUGACAAUUGCUGCUAUCAUGUAUUACAGGUAGCAGUCUUCCGAAAAUCUAGCCCCUGGAUGCAAAAUAAUAUAAUGGUGGGGGGAAUCGCUUUUUAAUUUCCAAAUGUAGUUUUAGUUAGCAUUGAAUAAGUUUAUUUUUUUACAUAAUCUUUUGUUGAUAGAUUGUAUAUAACGUUACCAAAAAAUAGGUUUUAUAUUAAAAACAUAGGAAUUGCUUACCAUCCUGUUAGUUGCAUGAUGCAACGAUAAUAGAGUUGUUGACUAAUUAUUAGCAACCAAUCUCUAUCUAUUAGUCUACUGCAGACUGAAAAAUGAGGUGGGAACACCCCCAGUAUAGAACCGUAGGCCCUAAGUCACCUUCCUUCCUCCCAGGCAUAUUCUUCCACUCGAUUGUCAAAAUAGUGUUUUGGAGAAGACUUUGGCCAAAGAUUUUCUCUCUGCACUUGCCAGUUUCUGAUUUUCCACCCAUUAAAAUAAUUUCGAGGAAACUUAAGGGUUGGUGAACACAAGCAGAGGCCACCCUUUUUGUGUGCUCCAUGUGUAGCAAUAUAGUAAUGUGUUUAUAAAGAAUGCAUUUGCAGUUUUUUUUUUUAACAUGGCGCAUACACAGAAAAACUUCCCUGCAGUUUUGACCCUCAUACUGACUGCUUUAAUGAAAUAUGGAAGGAACUGGUCAACUUUUGUAAUCCAUUUUGUCAAUAAUAUAAUCAGGGUUUUACACUAAUCUUGUGUAUCCAUCUUCCAACUAAAAGACUGUUGUGGCACUGUUCGAGAAGUUUAGCUUUCUGUUUUAUUUUGAAGUUUGGCAAAAGACUCUAGAAUUAACUUUCUGUAACUUAGGGUUGCCUUCACUUCAACUUAACUAAAUCCUGCUGGUGAACUGACAUCCAAAAAUUAGGCGCAGCUUUUUCAAGCAGCAAAUUGUAUUGUGUUCCCCAAAAUACUGAACAAAAUACUUACCGGGGAACCCCAUUCCAUUAUGAUUGAUUCCAUCCUCAUGGUACUUGGAGUAGAAGCAGUGUGAUUAGCCCUAGAAUGCUGCAUGUCCUGGUACCGUAGGGCCUAUCAGAAAUAAUAAACCCAUUCACUUCACCACAGUUCUAACAGGGAAUUGAAUUUCCUGUUUUACAGCUUCAUUUUGCUGCUUUAUGCAAGAUUCAGAUGUAGUAAUGCGUCUACAAUGCAGGGAAUGUUUUUUUUAAACAAGCAUAUAAAUCGGAGUGUAAUCAUCUCCAAUCCUCAUUUUGUUUUAAUGCACUGAAAGUUAUUUUAAAUCAACUGCAUCUUUUUGGUGAAACGAUUUAAGAACUAAUUGUCGCUUGAUGGCACAGAACUUGAGUAUUUGUGCAAAAUGAAACGUCCUGUUGAGGUUUUGCUUCUUGUACUCAUCAGGACAAAUUAACUAAUUAUCCUAGAAAUCUCUCCACUGAGUUGGUUGCACAUUAAUUUUGUGUGUCUUCUAAAAAAAAAGUUGCUGUGCUCUCACUGUGAUCGGGGAUCUUUUUGCAAUGUGAAAAGGUAUCCCCUGAUUCUAUAAUAUUGAUAAGUACAUUUUUUUAAAUUAUAUAACCAAUCUGAUGUCUUAUGGUUUUACUGAAAAUGAUGGUAAGAAAAAUAGCUUCAAUAUGCAACCAGCUGCACAGGAAAUCUGAUCAUCAAGCAUCAGUGAAGUUUACAGAUUUUACCAUAUGAUUAACAGCAACAGGAAAGUAGUGAAAACUUGAUCAUUUGAGACAUAGACUGCAACAAAAUUAAUUUUUAAAAUCCUAUGUGUUAUUACAGGACAUCAUUUCUUAAACAAUCCUGCAUAGACUAUUUGCUUUUCAGAAAAUUCAGUUUUACUAAAAGAUACAGCGGUACACCAACUUGAAUUUUUAAUCAGCCUUUGUAUCAAAUAUUUCAAUAUUUUAUACUGCUGGUAUUUAAGCAGCAAUAAACCAUGUUUUUUGAUAUUUGAUUGGAGAUAGUUGCUACAUGUCAAUGGUUAGGCACAUGCGCUGAGAAAUAGAUUUACUCACGUUGCAAGACAUUCUGUGUGUUUCGAGUAAUUUUUAUUCGCACCCUUUUGUUGACUUAUGAAUAGUCCUGGAGAAGCUUUCCUCUGUGCACUGGGAGAAUUAUAGACUUUUUUCAUAUAAAAUUGGUAUGACCUUUGUUACAUGUAUCACAUCCCAGAGGAAACUUCCCUCCAGAGUGGAAUAUUUUACAUUUUGUUUCCCACCCUCCCCUUUAUGUGAUUUUAAAACUUGCAGUUUUAUGUCAGAGAAGAGUGAAGAUGCCUGAAAUAUGAGGCUUCUUCAAGUGUGUGUGUUUUCAAUGUGAGUGUAUUCGCCUCUACUUACAGAUUGAAGUAAAGAUCUUUUGACUCAAGGCGAUGAAUGUAUAGGAAUUUUAUAAAAAAUGACUGGAAGGAUGCUUAAUUUAAUGGAAUUAAAUAUUUACUUUUUCUUUUACAUCUGUUAAUUAUGAUAUGUACUUUGAGGUUUAUAACUUUUAUUAAAAACAACUGUCAAAUUGA